AUGACUUAUUAUAUACUUGGUACAUAUGGUGGUAAUAGUAAUAUCCAUGAAAUUUUUUAUGGUGAAAUCUCAUAUGGGCCAUUUCACCCUGAUCCUGAUAACCAUAUUGAAAAAGAUGAUUUAAGACUGGGAAAAUUUGAUACAAAAGUAAGUUUUUACCUAAUGGAUAGAAAGUAUUCACUGGCUUAUCACAGAGUCUUCCUUGGGUCUUUAAAUAUGAAUACAACAAGAAAUUUUAAGAAUCCACAAUUUUUCCAACUCUCAUGGAAUAUACGUAAAUUAAUACAAAGAAACUUAGAUUUAUUAAAGCAUCAAGUAAUACUAGGAGAAAUUAAAAAUUCCAACAUGGUGAAUAAUAGCCCUAAAAGAAAAAAAGAUAUUGAAGAAAAUGAUGAUAAUCAUUGCAAACCGUUUUCUCCUAAACAGGGUUUGGGCAUAGUAUUAGAAAGCAUAGAUCAAAGUGAAAUUGAAAGUGAUAAGAAAGAAAUCAAUAUAACUUUACAAAAGAAAGCAUAA